AUGGACGAAGACUCGGAAUCCUACGACUAUUACGGGCUUUAUGAAAGGGCAGCCAAGUGGAACACUCCGCCAACUAUAACAAUAACGUUCGGGGUGUUGUUCAUAAUAUUAAUAAUUGCCGGAAACAUUUGGGUUAUCGUCGCCGUAUUUCGCCAGCCGAAACUCAGAGGCUCAGCGACCAAUGUGUUCAUCGUCUCAUUGUCCGUGUCGGACUUCAUGGUAGCUAUAUUUUUCAUCCCUUACCACGUGGCAUAUUUUGCAUACGGGAUUCCGAUCUCCGACGAUGCAUUAUGUAAGAUAUUAGGAUACCUGCACUGGGCUGCGCAGUGUGGAACGACGUUUUCGCUUAUCUGUAUUGGAGUGGAUCGCUAUCGCGCUAUCGUGCAGCCGAUGAAACCUAAGCUAACGAUUAAACAUGCGCUGAUCGGCUGCACUCUUGUUUGGGUGUGCGCCCUUGGGUACUCGUCGUUCAAACUGGCUGUGAACGGCGUAUUGACGUGGAACGAGACGCUGGUCCUAGAGCAUGGUAACGAAACAGUUGUUGAGUAUGUAACUGUGUAUCAAUGUCAUGUUAUAUACGAUGAAAUUGAUUACUGGUUUAGAUUGGCCGAUUUGAUCGUGAUGUAUGUCUUACCUCUUUUUAUAUUAACAGUUCUGUAUUCGAUAAUGGUGUUUUCUUUGUGGUUCAGUAAGUCACCUUCAAAUUCCGGCACCCGCAGGAAAAAGAGAGCCGUAAAAAUGCUAAGUUUUGUAGUUUUACAAUUUGCACUAACCUGGUUGCCGAAUCAUGUUUUGCAAUUCUAUUUUAGCUGGGCAGAAACAUUCCCUAAAAGUGAGUUCCUCUUCUCCUCGGCACCGGCCAAUUUAGCUAUUUUCGUCUUUCUCUGCAAUAGUUGGAUAAACCCUAUACUGUAUGCUUAUUUCAAUGAAAAUUUUCGCAAAGAGUUCAGGAAAUUAUUCCCGUGUUUCUACAAGUGUCGCAAGAAUUCAAUUGAACCUGAAGAUACGGCGACUACCAUGGACGAUUCUGCUAACCUGCCAAGAACAGGGAACCGCGGCAAGGUGCAGGUAUCCACAAUAGGGAAUCGAUAA